GUCGGGCUGGUGGUGAAGGAUGUUGGACCUGUUCACGAUCUUCACCAAGGGUGGCAUCGUGCUGUGGUGCUUUCGUAGCACGAAUCAGCUCUUUACCCCGUCAGUAAACGCACUGAUCAAGAGCGUCAUUUUACAGGAACGUUCCGGUGUGUACGACCACGAUGGGCUCUCCCUCCAGUACAAGCUGGACAACGAGUUCGAGCUGGUGUUUGUUGUUGCAUUCCAGAAGAUUCUUCAGCUGUCGUACAUCGACAAGUUUCUUAGCGAUGUGCAUCUGGAGUUUCGCGAUCGGUACAAAAACGAUCUGCGGGUCGACAAUCGCAACUACGGCGAUUUUGACUUCAGCGACGAUUUUCGGCGCAUCCUCGAGCGAGCAGAAAAGUGGGGCCGCCAGCAGGCAACGAUGCCGAAGCAGAUGCGCAGCUACGAAGAUUCGGCCAAAUCGAAGAAAACCGUUGCCUCCAUGAUCGAACGGAAGGGCGAAGAUAAACCACCUGCCGGCGGGAGUAAGAAAUCGGUCAAGAUAAGUGAGAAGAAAAAGGUGGAAGCUGCGGAAGGUUCGGAUGGAGUUGAGUCUUCCUCACCGAAGGCUACCGGCAGCAAUGGGCCGGAACUGGGUGACGAUCUGAUAAUGGAAAGCCGUAAGAAGUUUGCGGAGAAGAUGAUGGGCAAGGGGGCUGGUGGUGGUGGUAGUGGCGGUAAGGGUAGCAAGCUGGAGAAGCAAAAGUCACCGAAAUCACCGCAGCAGCAAAAGUCCGGCAAGCAGAUGCGAGUUUGGGAUUUGGGCGGAAAUACGAAGGAUUUGCCCAAUCUGGACCGCUCCAAGGAUCGUCCGGAGGAUGUGAAGAGUGACUUUACACCGAACGAUCAGAUCAUUGGCAGUAUGCGAGGUGGCAUCCAGGAUUUGGAUGUGGAGUCGGACAGUGAGGACAACUCGGAGGAGGACGAGGAAGACGAGGACGCGUACGAGGACCAGCGUGCCAAGAAGCAGCAAUCGAACCGUGGUGGCAUGUUUUCCAUGUUCAAGGGAUUGGUUGGUUCGAAGAACUUGACGCUGGAUGAUAUGCAACCAGCGUUGGAUAAACUGCGUGAUCAUCUGAUCGGUAAAAAUGUGGCCUCGGACAUUGCCCAGAAGCUGUGUGAAUCGGUUGCCGGAAAGUUGGAGGGUAAGGUGAUCGGUACGUUCGAUACGAUAGCUGCCACGGUGAAGAACACGCUGACGGAGGCACUUGUGCAGAUUCUUUCGCCCAAACGGCGGGUUGAUAUUUUGCGCGACUGUCUGGAAGCGAAACGUGCCGGACGACCGUUCGUGAUGAGUUUCUGUGGUGUGAAUGGUGUUGGAAAGUCGACCAAUUUGGCUAAAAUUUGCUUCUGGUUGAUUGAGAACAAUCUGAGCGUGCUGAUUGCGGCCUGCGACACGUUCCGGGCCGGUGCAGUGGAACAGCUGCGAACGCAUAUGCGCCACCUAAACGCACUUCAUCCACCGGAAAAGCAUGGUGGCCGCCACAUGGUACAGCUGUACGAGAAGGGGUACGGGAAGGAUGCGGCUGGCAUAGCGAUGGAAGCGAUUCGAUACGCAAACGAGAGCAAAAUCGAUGUCGUUCUGAUCGAUACGGCUGGACGGAUGCAGGACAAUGAACCGUUGAUGCGGGCUCUUGCCAAACUGAUCAAGGUGAACGAACCGGAUCUGGUACUGUUUGUCGGGGAAGCGUUGGUGGGUAAUGAGGCCGUUGAUCAGCUGGUAAAAUUCAACCAAGCACUAGCGGACUACUCGUCGAGCGAUCGCCCUCACAUCAUCGACGGUAUCGUGCUGACAAAGUUUGACACCAUCGACGAUAAGGUCGGAGCGGCCAUCUCUAUGACGUACAUUACCGGGCAACCGAUCGUGUUUGUCGGAACGGGCCAAACGUACACCGAUCUGAAGGCGCUGAAUGCGAAAGCCGUGGUACACGCGCUGAUGAAGUAAAUC